AUGGAUCCUGUCCGACCACCCUUCAGGGGCCCGUCUCCUGUGUACCCAUCUCAGUCUGUGCAGAUGCCAGGCUCUUGGCAACAGGCUCCAAAACCUUUGGACCCAGCUCUGGGCAGGGCAGGACCUGCAGGCAGAGGGCAUGUAUUUGAAAAGCGAGAGGAGCCAGGCCCACAGAGUGGACCAGUGCAAAAGGAAUCUGUGGGUUUGGUCUCAAUGUUCCGAGGACUGGGCCUUGAAACAGUGUCCCGUACCCGUGUGAAACAGGAAAUGCCUCCUUUAGGUAGAGGCAUUUUAGGUCGAGGCUUGUCUACCAGUAUUGCACGCAAGGACACAGAAGAACCCCAUCCCACUUUUCUGGAUCCUUCAGUGUUGGCAUCUGGAGAUAGCAAGAUGGCAGAGGCCUCCGUUGGUUGGACUAGAACGCUUGGAAGAGGGAAUUUGGAUGCCUUUUUAUUACCGAUGGGAGGAGCAGCUGGUGGUAUAGGCAGAGGAGUAUACACGGCUCCCUGCACUCUCAGCCUGAGUUCUCAGGAUCCUGCCCAGCUGUCAUCUCCGCCACUUCUGUCUCCGGCCCCACUGCACUCUCUGGAUCGCCCACCACUUGGGACUCCAGAACACAAGGAAAAGGAGCCUUUUGUGAAGCGAGGAUCGAAAGGAACACCUCAAUCUUUGAGAUUGAACCUUAUCAAAAUACAGUGUCAUAAUGAAGCAAUUUAUCAGUAUCAUGUGACUUUCAGCCCCAACGUGGAGGGCAAAAGCAUGAGGUUUGGCGCGUUGAAGGACCGUCAAGCUGUCCCCGGACACAUCACUGCUUUCCAUGGAUCCAUUCUCUAGCUGCCUGGUAAGCUUCAACAAGUUCUUGAGUUAAAAAGUCAACGGGAAACUGACAGUGCUGAGAUCACCAUUAAGAUUCAGUUGACAAAGAUCCUGGAGCCCUGUUCUGACUUGCGCAUUCCCUUCUACGAUGCUGUUUUCCGUCGGGUAAUGAAACUUUUAGAUACGAAGCUGCUGGGGAGAAACUUCUUUGACCCUACAAGUGCCAUGGUACUACAGCAACACAGAUUGCGGAUCUGGCCGGGCUAUGCAGCUAGCAUCCGGAGGACAGAUGGAGGUCUUUUCCCGCUAGCUGAUGUCACCCAUAAGGUCAUUCGGAAUGAUUCUGUGCCGGACAUCAUGUGA